AGUAGAACACGCCACAGUAAAUUUUAAUAAAAUUGCCGAAACUCAAAACUUUGGAACCUUUACAAAUGGACCCUAGUGCUAAGUUUUUUUUCUUACUUGUUUUGAUAAUUUUUUCAGCUGUCGACUGCGACUAUUGCGAGGAAUAUGGCUUUGGCACGGGUGAAAGAUCAUAUCGUUGUUUAACUAAUAUUGAAAAUUUUCCAGCAGAAAUAAAUAUAGACAUUAAAACUUGUAACAAUGAUCCUGUGGUAAAAUUUCAUAUCAAAAUUAGCAAACUUAAUAUUAAUUUUGAAACUCAGGUGCAUGCUUCUCAAGAUAUUCAAAUACCUGGACUAUCAUUAUCUAGUUUAGCUGGUUUAUACAUUCAAGUAAAUUUUGAGGACGACCAUUCUGGAAAUAAAGAUAUAAAGGUAAUGCUACUAUUUAAAGUUUUUAAAGUUGUGAAACUGAAAUUGCAAUUGCUUAAUAAGACCAUCAGCAACUCAAAUUGUAAUGAUAUUUUAAAAAUGUGGAAUUCUGCAGAUGAUUCCUUGAAAUACGGCAUAACGGGUGGACUUUCAUUACUACUUGUUGGAUUAUUUUCUUGGUGCUGUUACUGUUGUUGUAGAAAAAAAAAAGCCAAACCCGCUAUAAUAAUGUCUGGAAAUAUUUUACCAUUAUUUCAAAGCAAAAUUCCUUACAAGAUACAUAACAAUGUUUAAAGUUAUUUGAAAAAGUUAACAUACCAACUUAUUGUUCAAAAAAAAAGUUUUUAUCUUUAACCAUAAAAUGAUUAAUAAAAAAAUGGCUACAAUCAGUUUUAUCAUUUAUAAUGCAUAAAAGGUUUAUAUUUUAACGAGUUUUGUUAUCCCUUAAAAAAUUAAAGUUAUGUAUUUUAUUGAAAUGAAGUUAUUUCUUGAAACACAACUUGUUAGAAAUAUUACAUUU